AUGCCCGCCGCCGAGCCGCCGCCGUCGCUGCCGGGCCAGGCGAGCGUCACGCUGCGAGCGCACGCCGGCGCCGUGUCGGCGGCGCUGUUCAACGCGCGCGGCGCCUACGUCGUCACCGCGGGCGCCGACCGUGCCGUGCGUCUCUUCUCGGCGCGUGCGGCGCUCGACGCCGAUGCCGCCGGCGCGGCCCCGACGCAGCUCACCACGCCGAUCAAGUCGUAUGCCGCGCCAGCAUCGCACGCACCACUGGCGCUCGCGCUCGCCGCCAGCGACGCGCAGCUGGCACACGGCGGCGGCGACCGCAAUGUGUCGCUCGUCGACGUCGCUUCGGGCGCCGUGCUGCGCCGCUUCAACGCCCACUCUGGCGCCGUGCAUGCACUGGCAUUCGCGGGACCUGGCGAUGCACUGCUGCUGGCCGCCGGCUUCGACGUGCGCGUGCGGGCAUACGACCUGCGGGCACAGAAUGCCUGGAAGCCCGUCAUGGAGAUGCGUGAGGGGCGAGACACCAUCCUCGCCCUCGCCGUGCGCGGCGCAGCAUUGUGGGCGGCUGGCAAGGAGGGCGUAGUGCGCGGCUACGACGUGCGCAUGGGGGAGCUCACGGAGGACGUCAUUGGCGAGCCCGUCAUCUCGCUGCAGGCCAGCGCCACCUCGCUGCUCGUCUCCAGCUCGUCGCGCGCGGCCGCAUCACAUCGGCUCCUCUCGCGCGCCGACGGCACACUGCAGCAGCGUCUGCUGGGCCACUCGCUCACUGCUGGCGCCGCGUCCCGCGCAUGCUUUGCCGCCGGCGAGGCGGCCGUCGUGUCGGGCGACGACGAGGUCGGCAUGUGUGCCUGGGACGCCCGCAGCGGCGACGUGCUGCGCCGCUACGCCGGCGGCACCUGUACCUUUGUCGAUGCGCGUCAGGACGCGUUGCUCAGCGCACACAAGGACGGCGUGGUGCGCAUCUGGCGCGAUGCCUGAGCCCAGCGCCUUGUCGAGCAGCUCUCCGCUACACAUCUCCGCUUCAGUCCCACCACACACACACUGUAUUCUACAUCAAGCCUGCAUUCAUCUCUUGCGCAC